AUGAAUCCUGUUUCCUUCUUCUAUAAGUUCUUUGCCAUAGUAACGAAGUUCAGCUACAUUAUCAGGAUUCAUGAAGGGAAUAUUGCUGGUAUUGGUUCAUUGUAUGCAGGUACUGGUUCUCCGUAUGGUUCAGGUACAGUCGUAUUAGUGCUAAAGGUUGUUCUAGGUAUAAUGGUAGCAAUUGUGGUUCUGGUUCCGCUAACAGAUUUAAGUUUAUUUCACUUCCUGAAACCUGCACCACCAAACCCGUCAGAUGAACAAUACGAGCAAUGGGAACAGGACGAUCUAUUCGUGUUCUCAUGGCUCAUACAAAACAUUGAACCAGGGUUAGCCGGUAACCUCACCGAGUUUCCCACUGCGAAGGCGUUGUGGGACGCAUUGGUGGUUACAUAUAGCAGCGGGAAAGACAAACUACAAACCUUCGAUUUACACGUCAAAGCAAACGAACUCAAGCAAAACGGCUCGGCCCUAGAAGAUUUCUGGAUCAAGUUACAAGGCAUUUGGGGAGAAAUAGAUCGAAUGGAUCCAAAUCCAAUGACCUGCUCUGCUGACGUAGCAACAUAUAACAAUAUCAGGUCUGAACAAAAAUUAUUCCAAUUCUUGAAUGCUCUUGAUAGGAAGUUUGACCUAGUCAAAAGAGAAAUCCUUUGGUGGGAUCCACUUCCCUCGGCUGAGCAAGCCUACGCGACUGUAAGGAAGGAGAUGGCACAUCAAGGAAUCCUUGGUACCAUCUCUGAAACUUCACAGUCCGGCGUGGCGGCGGGGCUUGUCGCCGGCGGAACCACUGAAACCGAUGGACAGGGGUUAAUCACGAAGGGGCAACGGCGAUCGAACUUCACUGGAAAAUCAUCAUCCCGAAUCGACAAAUCCAAACUGAAAUGUAGUCACUGUGGGAAGAAUAAACACACCAAGGAUCAGUGUUUCAGAAUUGUGGGGUUCCUUAACUGGUGGAGUGACAACCACAAAACUGAGAACCCGAAUCAAGAGGGGAAGGUUGUCAUUGCCAUUGGUAACAACAAGGCCACUAUCAACGACAGCGAUGAGAAGGAUGUCGGCAGUAAUGCUUCUGAAGAAAUAAUUAGGGUUCAAAGUGAAGGCACAUCUGAGGCUGGAUAUCAGGAUGGAUGGACGUGGCACUAA